UCUACCGGGUACGGAGUACAUCCCACCCUCCCACCAAUAAGGGGUUUCACGCGCUGCAUUUUGGGUUCGAGGGGCCGUCGCCAGCGAUGGCGGUGCGCAUCAGAACGUGAGGCAGACCGACGACGCCUCUAAGCUGAUCAAUCCGGACGACAUCUCCACGAACCUGCAUGGCUGGGUUCGACCCUUCUUCCCACUGAAUAUGAGCAACUCGACCUUUGCGAGAAAUCGAUCGAGCAGUCCAACCAUAUGGGUCGCUGUCGAAUGCAGCCCGGACUCACUACCGCCUUCGGUGACCACUACUAAGUAUCAAGCUUCUUAUAGUAUCAGCGCGACCUGAAUGCAGAGCGAUCAAGAAACAGAGUCUUUCGCAAGAGCCUCGAUUGGCGCCCUCUCCAGUCUACCAUGGCCAGCGACGGUUCUCAUCUACAAACACCACAUGAAGUUGGGUUACAUCACGGAACAUGCUUCCAGUUUCGAGUCGUUGGGCGCGAGAUCUUGUGUAUGGUGUCAUCUACCUAUAGAAGACGGAUUUUCCCACGCAGGGACGAGUUUUGGCUAUGCCAGUAUAACAGACCUGCGGAUAUACGGGCCGGAUCACUGCCACUUGCUGAAAGACAUUCAUUCCACAGCUGCAUCCUGCCCAGCUCCCAGGAUGUCGAAGAUGUCUGACCGAUUCUCCCAGUUAAAGAAUGUUUAACUUGGGUGACUACAAAAUCCCGUCAACUCGCUUCACUUACAAGCUGCUACGGAGAGUCAAUCCAACAAAUAUCCGGUAAGUUGAAGUUCGAGAACCUAAUGCUGACAGUCGGGAUGCGUUGCCCCAUGCCCGAUGGUCAUAGCUCGAGAGUGUCUUAUUACGUAUCUUCUCUAGGAUACUAUUGAGAAUCGUAAAGCAAACCUCGCCUUGCACAAGCCCUGACCCUCUCGAUGGCCACGUGGCGAGGGUGAACCAAGGUAGGACAGAAGUCAUACCAGAGUCACGCACCUAGACGUCACCAGGCUUUUCAUACUUCCAGAUUCCGAUCCAGGUCGCCUCCGUUCUCUUCUGGGUGUUCUUGAAUGGGUUCUCAACUGUGAGGUCCAUCUCCGUAUCAGUGGUGAUAAACUGAGUAUCCUUCCCAACAUGGCAGUGCAUCUCACAUGAUCCCAGACCCAGUGACACUAAACCUCCUGAGAACUGGCAUGAAGGUCCCCAUCUACAGCUGCUUGAUAGUUCUAACUCUCCUCUAUCUUCAAAAGAUAGUACACGACAGUCAAAGGGAUACAGUUGUUGCAGUGGUCUUUGUGACUUCCAAUUUCCUCCUUUGCCGCCAAAUUGGAUACUUUUACACGACCGAUCAUGCUUUGCCAUGAGUUUUCUCCACCAGAAAACGAACGGAUUCAAUGCCACCAUGCAGCGACACUCAUGACAUCAUGUUAGGAGUCAUCAGAGAAUGGUCUGAAACUAUCUGUUUGUUACAGGACAAAGAUUCAAUGAAGAACAAUGGGCCAGCGCCGGUUGCAAGGGUCCUUGCAGGAGGAAACAAAGUCGUCCAGCACCCUUAGCCAGGGCUUCUUGACAUGAUACAGACACUUACACCGCACUCAGUAUCCUGCCGUAUUAGUGUUGGAGGCUCAUUUGCCUCCACUUUCCUGCACUACUCCUCCCAGAUGGGGAAUCUGGAUGUUCAACAUGGCUUGCUACAGGUUUGCUUUCCAACCGCUGGAUGAUUUCCACAAAGCAACUGUUUGCUGAUCUUCUUUGGCCAGUGGAGAUAGGGUGAGAGAUUCACUAAACAAGAGACCAUGUUGAAGUUAGGCCAGGAAAGUACAAGAAGUGAACGAUGCCACUCCUAAAGUACCCCCCAAAUUCCUUCAUUGCAUAACAUACCAUCAACUUCUUCAAGAUUUCCUUGUUACAUGACAGAUCACCGACGAUCCCACCAAAUGGCUCAGUUUGACCGCAGCAAGUGUUUCUUCUGUCCCAACACGAAUUCCUGCACCUCAAUACGUUGCAACGCCUGCAAGGCCUUGACCUUGCCAACGAAGGAAGAUGAUCAACGCGCGAUAGAGUGGCACCUUAUGGCCUUCGGCAGCAAUGCUCCUGCUCCCUGCAGAUCCCCAUCAUCCUUUUUUGACAAAGCCUUCGAAUCCUUGGAUGGUCUCCACAAUGCUGCUAUUUACAUUGGUGAUGCAAAAGAAGAAGUCCUGUUGAUUCAGCGCCCCAUUGAAGGAGACAAGGGAGGGUUGGAGAAGCAAUUUUGCAUUGGCACAACACAACCGAAUGGCGAGAAACGUAUACGAACCUGGACCUUUCUGGAUGGAGUUCAAGGCAGUCGGCGAGCGUUCUUUGGCCCGGUGCGACGGAUUUUGGCCCGUGGCACCAUGAUUUCUGGCAGUGCAGUCUGGCAUCUGAUUUGAAUUGUGCGAUAGGCUGGACAUCAUCACCGACAACCAACUUGCAAAACCAGAGGGGGAAAGAUGUGGAAGAGUGAUGGUAGCAGAGAUCGGCUGGUCAACCAUGGCAGACGCGUAAUGGGAGAAGAUGGCGAUUGCCGGGCAUGGGUCUUAGAAAACGGGGGCAGGUAAAGAAGGACCAUGUUCUAUGACAUCCUCUGAAGGUGAACCAAAAUGUUUGCGAAACGUUCAAACUCCUGCAGUGCAUUCCUUUCCUUGGCUGUUGAUAUUAAG